GCGGCGGCGGCGGCGGCGGCGGAGGUGACCUCGUGACCCCACGUGACCAAGCCACCCUCAAGGACCCAUGUGCAUCAUCUUCUUUAAGUUUGAUCCUCGCCCUGUUUCCAAAAAUGCCUACAGGCUUAUCCUGGCCGCCAACAGGGACGAGUUCUACCACAGGCCGUCCAAGGCAGCGGACUUCUGGGGGAGCAACAAUGAGAUCCUCAGUGGUGAGUCUCCCAGUGGCACGCAGCUGGCAGGUGGGCCCAGGCAGCUUGGCUGACCCUCCCUGGAGCUGUCCACCUAGCAUGUCCACGCAGCUUUGUGUGCCUGCCUCCCCGGAGGAAGCAGCUGGAAGGUGGAGGUUUUUUUUUUUUUUUCGUACUUUGACCUUUUAAGGCCGAACCUACAGCAUAUGGAGGUUCCCAGGCUACGGGUCUAAUCAGAGCUCUUUCUGCCAGCCUACGCCAGAGCCACAGCAACUCCAGAUCCGAGCCAUGUCUGCGACCUAACACCGCAGCUCACGGCAACACUGGAUCCUUAACCCACUGAGGGAGGCCAGGGAAGAAACCCGAAACCUCAUGGCUCCUAGUUGGACUCGUUUCAGUUGCGCCAUGACGGGAACUCCUGGAAGGCGGAGGUUUUAUGUGGAUCCACCUUCCACUGUGGUUGUGAGUCCAGGUUGUCACUGUGAAGCCCUGUGCUCUGUGUGUGUUUGCACUCGCAUGCAUGUGAGCGUGUAUAUCUGCACGUGUUUCUGUUAUACAUGUACACUCCUUGCUCCAGGGAGAGCAGCUUGAAUUUGGGGAGCGGAUGAGGAGCCUGUGGGAACAGAGUGGAAGUGAUAGCCCCCCAUGUGCCCUGCCCGCAGUCUCUGUGGGCCCCCUGGACUUGGCGCUGCUCCUGUCUUGGCAGCAGCAGUGUCCCCUCAGGGGGUGCAGACAGAGGGUGGCCAGGGACAGUCAAGCACAAGUCGGUGUCCUGGGAGCAACGGAAAGGUUUUCAACAGUCGAUUUCUUUUGAAUCUUUUUCACAUACAGACUGUCUUGUACAAAUAGAGACAGUUUGUUUGGCUGCAUUGCAGCAGCUGGGUGUGGGACCUCAGUUCCCACACCAGGGGUCGAACCCUGACUACAGUGUGAAAGUGCCGAGUCCCAGCCACUGGACCACCUUAGGGAACUCCUUAGGGACAGUUUUACUUCUUUCUGGUCUUUGCAUCUUUUAUUUCUUCCACUAUUAUAAUUUAUUAUUGUUAUAAAAAUAUUUCAGUGGCUUAGCCUUUUUUAUCCCAAUUUUCAAGUGAAAUGGCCCCUCUAGCUUAGGAAGAUGUGCUGCUGUGGCUGUAACAGCCCUGCUGACCCUAUGGUAGAGGUUGAGUGGGCAUGGGCUCCUUGUAAAGGGCCCACCUAAGGGCCCGGGUUCUGCCUGGGGAUGACAGCCAGUGUCCCUGUGCUUGAUCCAAAUGUGGGACGGGGCCUGGAGUGUUUCCUGAGAGAACCGCUGUUGUCCUCCCAGCCUGACACCCACCCAGGUGCCAGGAUGUGUGGUAUGGGGCCAGGGGCCCAAGGCACAGCCCCCGUGGGCAUCGGGUGUCAUCCUGGGCCCCGGGCCACCUCACCCUGUGGAGGUCCAGCCCCUGUCCCACAGCAGGGCUGCAGGCUGAGGGUGUGUUCCCAGGACCACAGAGCAGGACAGGUGGUAAUGGCAUCCUGUGCCUUAGGACUCGACAUGGAGGAGGGCAAGGAAGGAGGCACGUGGCUGGGCAUCAGCACUCGGGGGAAGCUGGCUGCGCUCACCAACUACCUGCAGCCGAGGCUGGACCCAGAUGCACGGGGCCGAGGUGAACUUGUGUCCCACUUCCUGACCACGGACAUGGACAGCCUGUCCUACCUAAAGAAGGUCUCCAAAGAGGGCCACCUGUACAAUGGCUUCAACCUCAUAGCAGCCGACCUGAGCACUGAGAAGGGAGACAUCAUUUGCUACUAUGGAAACCGGGGGAAUGACAAGCCUGUGGUCUUGGAGCCAGGGACCUACGGGCUGAGCAACGCGCUGCUGGAUACGCCAUGGAAGAAGCUGUGCUUCGGGAAGCAGCUCUUCCUGGAGGCCGUGGGGCGGAGCCAGGCACUGCCCAAGGAUGCCCUGGUGGCCCAGCUCCUGGACAUGCUCAACAAUGAGGAGGCGCAGCUGCCGGACCCGGCUAUUGAGGACCAGGGCAGGGAGUAUGUGCAGCCCUUCCUCAGCAAGUAUGCAGCCGUGUGUGUGCGCUGCUCGGACUACGGCACCAGAACGAACACGGUCAUCCUGGUGGAUGCAGACGGCCACGUGACCUUCACAGAGCGCAGCAUGCUGGGCACAGACCCCUCCCAUUGGGAGACCACCACCCAUGAGUUUAAGCUACAGAGCUAACCCCCACCUGGUGUGGCCAGGGGCUCCUGGGAGGCCCUGCCACACAUACUGCCUGUGACUUGGCCAGCAGGCCCCCGGCCAGCACCCUCUGGUUUGUGUGAACCGUCUGCGUCCCUGUGUCUAGCUCAGGGUUCACCCUCAUGCCAGGAGAAAUGACAGUCCCACAGCCAGGUCUGGGGCAGCCCAGGUGUACUGUGCCUCCCCUUACCACGCACAGAGGCACAUGCGUGUACCCAUCGAACCAGAUAUGUUUUCUGGCCAGCGCAUCCUGAUCCAAACAUCAGGACUGACUUCUUUUUCAAAGCGGCCCCUCCUGUCCUGGGCGUAGCCCAGUUCCUGACAAUCAGCCCUGCUCUGGGAGAGGAGCCAGGCCACAUUCAGAGCGAGGAAUGAGGAAACCUCCAUAGCAGAGGCACAGCCUGGUUGGUGGGUCCAGUGGUUCUGUGGGUGCUGGGGGCCCACGUGUGGGGGGCAGUCCUGUCAAGGGGAGGCUCGGUAUGCUCCUAGCCCCUGUGAUUAAGGGGGUUGUGGGUUCUGGGCAGGCCCAUCUCAGCGAGGGGAUACAGCUUCCCCAGCCAUUUCCCUUCUCCUGGAGAGUUAAACUUCAUAGGAAUCUGUACUUGAAUGUGAGACGUUGACAAUAAAACUCUGAGGCCGUGGUGAGUCUGCA